AUGUCUAGGUCCAGUGACGACCUGCAUGUCCAAUCCAGCAGCACAGCCAUCUCGGACCGUUCCGAAAGAACAGUCUACAACCAUCACCGCGGCCAGUCCUGGCACGAUAGGACUUUACAGGUUGCUCAAAGGAUCGCCAAACAACAGAUCGUCCUCGACACUGACACUGCCAACCGGAAGAAAGCUAUUCGCAGGCGCACCGACGAUAAAGAAGCUUCUAUCCUAGCUCCGGCCUCGACAAGCGCCUCACUCCGCGCAGGCGACUCUGUCAGCGCACACGAUUCGGUCAGCGCUCGCAGGAAGAGAUCCAUCUUCCUUCAGAACGCUCUUGGGAAGCUCAGCCAGCACUCCGAUCUUAGGGUACUUCGCCAGCCCAUCGUCGAGCAGCCUGACCCUUCGGCGCCCGCGACCCGGCGCAUUCAGGACGACGCGGCGACCACUCGAGCCCGCAAGCAGACGAUCGAGCCCGAAUCACCUGAGGCUGCUGUCUAG